CCCUCCGGCUGUUUCCUGUCAGUGAAUGGAGCGCACCCUGCCUGCAAGGUGGAACAACAGGUAGGCACAAGUAGGCAAGGAAAUGCCGGCUGGCGUCUUGAAGGAGCUUGAGGCAGAAACUCGACAUGGAACCUGCUAGAAAUGAGCACUAGCAAAGCAGAGCGAUUUCUGGUGUUUUUUCAGUUGUAUUUUUCCACAUUUCUUCGGCUAAAAACGCCACCAAAAGCUUGUUGGAGUGGAUAGAAAGAACUGCAUCACACGCCAAGGAAUGAAGGAAUGUGCAAGUUGCUUUAGAGUUUGUUCCUGAGAGAGAGACACUUGCUGACGCCGGACACUCCCAGAGUCAGAUCUCCUGCAGGAGGUCAUGGAGGUUUUGCGCAAGUCCACGGUGUUUGCAGCAGAAGUCCUGGAAGUAUUCGACCGAUCUGUGACCGAGAAAGAGCUGGUGUCCCAGUCCAAAGCCUUGUGCCGGGACUACAUCUUUUGCAGGCUCAACCAAAACGGGCUGGCAUGGUCCAAAAGUGAACUCAACCUACAGCCUUCGAACGAUGCCCUCGCCGAAGUGUCUUGUGUGCUUCUAUGUCUCGGUGAUGAGCUGGAAAGCAUACUGCCCAGUUUGUACAGGAACGUAGCUCGGCAGCUCAACAUUUCUGUUUCCAUAGAGAACAUGGUUUCGGACGCUUUUAUCGGCGUGGCAACGGAGAUCUUCUCCACAGGUAUAACGUGGGGCAAAGUGGUCUCCAUAUACGCAGUGGCCGGCGCCCUGGCGGUGGACUGUGUCAGACAAGGCCAAGCAACCACAGUUCACGUCAUCGUUGACAGUCUGGGCCAGUUCGUCCGCAAGUACCUCGCUCAUUGGCUGAAGAGACGGGGAGGCUGGGAAAACAUGAAAAAAUGUGUGGUGAGGAAGGACCUCCGCUCUGAACACCAUUGGCUCUCCUCAGCCCUUGAGUCCCUGCGCUACUUCUUGACCAUGAUGUACGUUUACAUCAUGAAGAACCAGUGACUCAUGCAUCGCCUCCUGGAAUUGUUAUCGUUUUGACACCACAUGCCAAUAAUAUAAGAGAUCCAGCCCGGCUGAUAUCUGACUUUUUGCUGAGUGGCUGUCGACCAAUGUGUCGUCUGCAUCAUUUGGCUCUUGUCACAUUACUUGAUCCAAAGGGUAGUCGCUGCAGGAGCUGACAAGUUGUAAGGUGAUGGAACAAGUUAUUUUUGUACAUUACUACUUGCAAAUGUUUAUUUAUGAGGUCCUGUGGUGGAAAAGAAGUAUUUCACUGAGGGCUUUACACCUCAGGAUGCUGCAAUAUUCUAUACUGCUUAGCUUUAAUACAUCAAAAUGUCCCCAAGAAAUGCUGGGUGGGUCUUUCAGGACCCUGUUUUUUGGGUGCCUAAGCAAGAGGAUUUGUGUGUGUGUAAUUUAAUAGUGUUUUUCUUCACUUUUAAAUCUGUAAAUAGAUUAUUUAUGAUUUUAUUUUUUCAACAAUUAAACCAUUACAGUGUAUUAAAAACGGCCGUGAGAGAAUCUCUUCAAAAUGUUUGUGUGAUACGCUUCUUUUUGGUGUGUGCUCUUUUUAACGGUGUUGAUUUGUGUGUGAAUGUUAUUUUCUGCAAUAAAUCACAAAUAUUUUUGGAAUGAUCUCAAUAAAACCUCAAAUUAAA